UCUUCACCCACCCCGCCCUGCCCCGACCCUUCAGCCCCCAGGUCUCUGUCCCCCCCAGUGCCCCCUGCACCCACCCCCUGCCCCUCCAGUGCCCCCAUCACCUGCUGCCCCCCAGCUCCCUUCACCCACCCCCUGCCCUGCCCCGACCCUUCACCCCCAGGGCUCUGUCCCCCCCAGUGCCCCCUGCACCCACCCCCUGCCCCUCCAGUGCCCCCAUCACCUGCUGCCCCCCAGCCCCCUUCACCCACCCCCUGCCCUGCCCCGACCCUUCAGCCCCCAGGUCUCUGUCCCCCCCAGUGCCCCCUGCACCCACCCCCUGCCCCUCCAGUGCCCCAUCACCUGCUGCCCCCCCAGCUCCCUUCACCCACCCCCUGCCCUGCCCCGACCCUUCACCCCCAGGGCUCUGUCCCCCCUAGUGCCCCUGCCCCAGCCCCUGCCCCUCCAGUGCCCCCAUCACCUGCUGCCCCCCAGCUCCCUUCACCCACCCCGCCCUGCCCCGACCCUUCACCCCCCAGGUCUCUGUCCCCCCCAGAGCUGCACCAGUUGGGACCACAGCAGAUGGUUCUCGGUUUGGAGUUGUGCAACCUGCUCCUGGAGAUCCAGUACUCCAUGGGGUCCAGUGGGCAAUGGUAG